AGUAUUCCCUGUUUAGCACAGCUCCUCCAGUUAUGAAGAAGAUUGUGUUGAGCAUCGAUAAGUGCUGUAAUUGCGAAGGAUGCAGGAAGAAAGUGGACAGAAUUUUGUCCGAGACCAAAGGGAUGGAGGGCAAUGCUACACGAUCCUGGAAUGCGGAUAACCUGCUCACCAUCACCAUGACUGGUACCAUAGACACUCAAGCCUUGGCGGAUAGAUUCUGGAAAAGGAUGCAUAAGAAGAACGUGGAUGUGAUGAUCUUGCCUUGGAAGGAUGAAGGCGAGAAGAAAGUUGGCUCUAAAAGUUCUUCAAAAGAGAAGCCAAUUGAGAAAUCCGACCCUGCAAGUUCAGAGAAAGAUGACAGUACUAAAAGCUCCUCGGAAGAGAAGACCAGUAAAAUGGCUGACCCUUCGAAAGAUCAGACGCCAAUACGAAAGCUGACACUACAAAUUCUUCGAAAGAUAAGAAGGCAAUAGGGAAGCUCACACUGCAUGUUCUUCAAAAGAUAAGAAAUCCAAUGAGGAAGCUCACACUGCAUGUUCUUCAAAAGAUAAGAAAUCCAAUGAGGAAGCUCACACUGCAUGUUCUUCGGAAAGAACCCGAUGAGGAGAUAUUUCUCAAUUUAUUUUAUCAAGUAUUAAUAUAUAUAUUUUUAUUUCUCAGCUAAAAAGAAAAUCAUGAUGCUGAAAAACACAUGUCAAGGUUUGGCUGAUAUAA